GCGGCUCCCGAGGUGUGGGCUUCAUCCGCUUUGAUAAGAGGAUAGAAGCUGAGGAGGCCAUCAAGGGCCUAAACGGCCAGAAGCCAUCGGGUGCUGCCGAGCCCAUCACGGUCAAGUUUGCCAACAACCCAAGUCAGAAGACCAGCCAAGCCCUUCUUUCACAGCUCUAUCAAUCCCCCAACCGCCGGUACCCGGGCCCACUUCACCACCAGGCUCAGAGGUUCAGGCUGGACAAUUUGCUUAAUAUGGCCUAUGGCGUAAAGAGGUUUUCUCCCAUCACCAUUGACAGCAUGACCAGCCUGGUUGGCAUGAACAUCCCUGGGCACACAGGCACCGGUUGGUGCAUCUUUGUGUACAACCUGUCCCCAGAUUCAGACGAGAGUGUGCUCUGGCAGCUGUUCGGGCCAUUCGGCGCAGUCAACAAUGUGAAGGUGAUCCGUGACUUCAACACCAACAAGUGCAAAGGCUUCGGCUUCGUCACAAUGACGAAUUACGACGAGGCGGCCAUGGCCAUCGCCAGUCUCAACGGCUACAGGUUGGGCGACCGUGUCUUGCAAGUCUCCUUCAAGACUAACAAGACACACAAGUCCUGAACUUUGGACAGGUAGAAGCAGAUGCCCAACGCCUUUGUCUGCUAUAAAAUUGCCCCCAACCCCUCCCUUCCGCCACUCGUCCCUUAGCCGCUUCAGUCACUACCACCACCACCCGAUUACAGCCAUCCAACAAAGCAAACUCAAACUACAACUGGAACAGAAAUCAACCAACAAACCAUCGAACAAAUUGAACUAUAAAUGGCUUAUAUUAUAACUUUGGACCUAUAAGCCAAUGUUGCCUGAGUAGUACAAAAAUUAAAUGACGAAAACGCUCACAAGUUUUUAGAAGCUCCUGUGAUAAUACAGGCUUCUCUUUAUUGUAUAUUCUUUUUGUUUGUUGUGGUUGUUCAGAUGAUUUUUUUCUCUCUUCUGUGGAAAACAGUAGCAAUUUCUUGUAUCCCCUUACUUUAGAGAAAAAGAAUGUCCUUUUUAGGCUGGAACCUUUUCUCUGUCUUGAUUCAGGAUUUAAUUUUCUUUUGUAAAUCCGGAUCCACUGUCGUUGUUAUUAUAUGCCUCCCUGUCAGAAAAAGGGAGGGGCUCUUUUUUAAAUUAGUGAAUCCAUUCAUUCAUUUGUAGCGUGUUUUAAAAACUUCCCCUUAUUGAAUAUAUAUGGGAUCCCAGAAUCCCAAUAUCUCAGAUAUAGAAAAAAGAAAAAAAAAGAAUUUCUAACAUUGUUUUGUUUUGUAUCGCAAGCAAAACAUAAUGUCUUUCCUCACUGGGUUUCAGGGAGAUGGGGCGAGGGAGGGGAUGGGUUAGCUUUCCUGAUGACACGUUCAGUAAUUUAAGAAAAAAAAAUACACACAUAACACUGUUGCCAAAGAGAAGAUCUCUUUGCUUGGGAAAAAAUGCAUUUAGAAAAAGAUAAAAAUAAAUAGAAAGCUCUAUUUUUAUAAAUGAUAAUUAAAAUAAUUAUUGAAGAAUUUUUACAGGAAUCUGGAUUUGAAAAAAAAGAAAAAGAGAAAAAUAUUUUGACUGGCUAACUAAAGGGGGGGCCGCGGCGGGUGGGAGGGAGCACCACCUUGUCUCGUCGUUCUGCCGUGGUACUUUAUAGGAUCAAAAGGUUUCGUUUUAUUUCAUUUUUAAUUUUUUUUUUUGGUGAAUCCGAGUUGGUUGUGAUUUUGUAGACCAGAUGGUUUUGUGAAAAUGAAAAAGGGAUGCAAACUGAGGCAGGUGAUUUUGGUAAUUUUUCACACACGUACUAGUGCGUAAUUAUUCAACAGCGAUACCCAAAAGGGAAGGGAAAGGGGUCUUUCUGAGACCUGACAAACUUUAUAGUUAAGAGCCCAAAGCAAGACGACCCUUUGUCUACUUGUUUCUCUUUUUCUCUCUUUUUUUGUUUUUUGUCAUCAGUCAGUAUAGGAUAUCAGUACAGAUAUAUUCACGUAUAUCCAUUUAAAGAGCGCACUAUACAUUAUAUCUCUUUUGGUUUUUGAUCUAAGUUUGUGAACUUACAUCCAAAAAUAACUUCCUUUUAGCGAUCAAUGGUAGGUGCUAAACUACAUUAUUCACAUAUCUUAAAUAUCCAAGUUUGUUGUUCUAUGUGUUGUUUAAAAAAAAAAAAAGUACUUUGAUGUUUGCAUUCAAUUGAGCUUCUUGUUCUUUGUUUGACAUUUGUUUAAUGUUGGCCCAGAAAUCUGGUGAGGCUGUUUCUUUGCCGAUUUACUAGAUUCAAUGAAAUUUGGGGCCUUGUAAGAAUCACAAAACAAAACUGUAUUUCUUUUUUCCGUUAGUUUGUUUGUUUGUUUGUUUUUGGCUUGCUGACUUUUAGGUUACUCGCUGAGCGUGAAACGUUUGUCGAAACUUAAUGAUGAUUAGCUAGUUCCGUUAGUCUAGAUAUUUUCCUCAAACAGGAUCUAUGACAACUGUGUCUUUCUUUGCUGUGUACAAAUAGAUAUAUAUAAAUAUAUAUAGUCUACAUUUGUUUUACAAUAUCUACUGUAUUAUCUGAGUUGUCACUGUUCUUUUGUUUGAGCUUGUCUUUUUCAUAUGACAAUUUAUUAUGAAGUGGUGGUUCAGUUACUUAGAAAAAAAAAUUGUGAGGAACUGUUCAAUUGUUGUCAUGUUGCUUGUGGAGAAAAAAAAUUGGAUUAACUUUCAGUUAACUACCGCGGCAAAAGAAAUCGAACAAAAAGCCUAAGAUAAUUGUUUUUGACAGUUUAUUUAUUUUCAAACUAUUUAUUUUUUAUUUGUAUUUAUUAUAUAUUUAUUAAUUACCUAAUUUAUAAGUGUAUUUAUGUAUUUAUUUGUUUCACUGUCUAUGUAUUUGCGUGAUUCUGGUACAGGGAGGGGGGUGUUUCUGCGCAAAAGGGAACAAAGCGACUAGUGGAGAGGCUCUUCCAGUAGUCCACUGCACUGAGAGGACUUUUAGUACAUUUGUGCUUUGUACCAAUAUAUCAAAAUGACCAUAUAAAAAAAUAUCUAAAAGUCAAGAAAACUGAAAAAAAUUGUCUGGAGGGUUGGGGGACGCUCUUCCCUUAUUACUAGAAACAGUUACUCGCUAUGCAUAACCUAGUUAAUAGUUAAAUUUGCUAUUGCUUUUUUCCUUGUCUUGUUAAAAAUGAAAUCUUUAGAUCUUUUUCAAUAAAGUUUAGUCUUAAUAGAAUGUUAUAAACAGUCGUUCUGGUUCAAUAUAACCUGUGAUAAGUUUGUGUAGUUUUAAAAAAAAAGCCACUCCGUCCACACCCUCCCUCCACUUACUACCGCUUUGUGAUGAAACCUUAUGCAAAAAUGUGGGUCUGAAAGCAUAGUUUUCUGUUUUUCAGUGAACAUUUUUCUUCAAUAUUCAGCACGUAGAGACAGAAAAAAAAUAAUGGUUUUAAAAGUUGUUGUUUGAGGGUCAUUCAUUGCACGGGACUAAAUCAAUCGAAGUCACUGAAAAGUCAAGAAAUUUUUAUUUUUGAGAUCAUGUUUUCAAAUGACGUACCAACAAAUCUUUAAAGAAAAAGACAAGUUGCACACUAAACUGCUAUUUACAGCAGCUGUUGCUAUAUUUAAGAAAUACUCUGGAGGUAUAAAAAAAGGGAUUGUGUCAAUUCUAUAUUUUAUAUACAUUAAUAUGAUAUAUAUUAUAUAUUUUGAAAGGUAAGGGAAUGGUUCCAGAAAUAUAAAUAUGAAAAAUAAAAAAUUGGAUUUUCGUUUGUUUGUUGCUAAGACUUGAAAACAUGAAGGAGGUGUGUGGAUAGCAGUUAAAACACUCAGCCGCACGCUCGCAUCCUUAUCUCCCAACACCUCGCUCAAGCCUGGGUCAUCUCGAUAUCAUUCCCCCCCUCCCCCAAUCAUACAACCAUCACCUGCACCAUCCGAGUCGCAAAGUGUUCUCAUGUCACAACAGCAACAAACCGACCAGACCCCUUCAUGCUCCUAGCUGCCGUUGGGAGCUUGAAAUAUGCAACGACCCCAGUAGAAUGUUCUGACGUGUGAGUUUCCUACACGGUGUGUGACUUUUCAACUCUUACGCGUGUGUUUGUGUGCGCGCAUGUGUGCACGUUGGUACGCAUGUUUGUUAUCGUCCAUGUGUUUGUUAGCUUGGAGCAGAUGUGUAGGUGCGUGCAGUGCAGUGCAGUGCAAACCGUUUGUUCGGGGGGCCCAUACGCAAGUGCGCGUCUGCUUGAGUGCAUGUUUGUCGAGAAUCUGACCACAGUGUCAGGGGUGAUUGUUCAGUGUGUGUGUGUGUGUGUGUGUGUGUGUUUGUGUGUGUGCAUGUCGGGGUGUUUGACACAUGGGGCUGCGUCACCUCGCUCUAUGCCCGACCCCUAUGGCUCACACCAUCCCCCCGUAGCGCCUUAUAGUGGCAGCCUGCCAGUAGGAACAACGCAGCCAGUAGUGGAGGAGGGAAAGUGAACAGAGGAACUAGGCUCUUCUUGUCAGUUUUUAUUUUCCUUCUGGAGACGUGUUUAUUUACUAUCUGAGAAAUCUAUAAACAAAAUCUUUAAAGACAAAAAAGAAGAAAAAAAAUGUUCACGGGGCCCCACGACCGCGGCGCUCUCUACUCUCUCCUGCUUAUGUUAUUACUUAACAAUUAUCAACAAUGAUUAUUAUGAUUAUUAUUGCUAUUAUUCUUAGUAUUCUUAUUAUUAAUCCAAUUACUGCGAUGAAUGACUUCAUGUUAUCCUUGCUAGUUUAGGUCAUUUCUGAAACUGGAAACAAAAUAAAAAUCUUGCUGUAAAUGUUUGUUUUUUCUUUUUCAUAAAACUGUUGUGUUUAAAUUAUUUGUACUUUUGAAUGUUGGGACAAUAAAAUGAGGUGUUAAAAACUGA